CUGUCUGUCUGUGUCAUACACUUGGGGUGGUUGGAAUUGGGUAAACACUCUUAACUUUAUUUUCCCCUGUAAUGAUAAGAAAAUGUAGUUUCCAACAAAAUUCUCAAGUAGACAAUAUUUAUAGAUAUUUAAAGCAAUUUUCCAAUUAAACCAAAAUCCAGGAAUACUUGUGUAUUUUGCUUCUGUAUUGUUGAAUUGCUCAUUUUGAAUUCACAAACUGAGAAAAACAAAAAUUUAAAAAUUGUUAGUGUUUGCCCCACUGAGUAAAAUAUAAGCAUAAUAUAGAUAAAACACGAUGGCCCAUGUGGUAACUCGCUUGGGGAAUAUAAUCACAUCCACAGCAGAGAUCAGAUACAGGAUCACAUCAUUAUGGCUCGAGGAUAAAUUAUAAUUCCUCUCUCUCUAGACUUAUCCCUGUACAAUCAGACAAGGUUUGUGCGGAGAAUGAUUAUGCAAUACUUGCCAUUCUUUGUUGAGACUUAUGCUCCACUUUAUAUCUGAGUUAUGAAUCAGUCAAUAUGAGCGUAGGAGUGGCUGGCCUGAUAAAAACCUGAGUCCAGCGAGGCGUGAACCCUCACCUGGAGCCAAACGCUGACAUGAUCAAUGGACUUUCCAUACAUAUGAAAACAUGUUUCGCUCCCAUUGCCUCACAGUCAGAUUUGGGGAUAUAAUAAGGACACAUGAAUUUGUGCUCCUAAAUAAACUUAUGAGAACACCAUCAUUACCACCUGGAUAUUGUAAAAUGUAAUGGUUCAAGUAAGACAUAAUAUGAGCUGAUAUAUAUUUCUCACAUAUUUCUAAACAAUUACACAAAAAAAUUCAAGGUCUGUACCUAUGAAGAUCCUUGUGCUUGAACAGAAGAUACAAGUCUGCCACCAAGCGGUCAAGCAGAGAAAUAAUCUUGUAGUGCAGAUGACUAUCUGUUUUCUUUCAAAAGGGAAAAUCAUCACAAGUCUCUGAAUCUCACAAAGAAGGCAGCUUAGUAUUAAUAAUCAAGACUGUCAGGUUCACGCUGUGGUUUAUAGGGCUGUGUAGUCGUUGGACAGAGGGACAUUUCAUUAUUGUUUAUAUGCUGCUUUGAAGGAAUGGUGGGAGCACAAGGAGGGCCGUGAGACAGAGCUUUGUAAUUUAUUUUUUAAUAAUAAUAAUGAUAAUCAAACCUGUCUGAUGUUCACAGGGUCAUGGAUUUUGUUAGGUGUGCUACACCUGACCUCUUGGGAGGGAAUUGUGCAAAUAAUCAGUUAAGGAGUUGAGUGUGAAGGUGAAGGCAAGAUUGCUCUUUAUUCUAUGUUGCUUUUAGGGGGGUGUUUGUUGAUUUAUGAGCAUAUGAGGGAAGUAGGUGCACUAGGUAUAGGACGUUUGUUAGGUAUAAAGUGGCAAAGAUACACUGAGGCUGCUGCUGGGUGGUAAAUUAAAGAGUUGGAAGAAGGAGAGGGGGGUAUCCAUCUAUUCAGCUCUGGAGACACAACUCUUGACCAAAGCACACAAGGAGAUGGCAGAACCCUGGUUUUGUUUUAUAGACUUCUGCAGAUACUUGCAUGCUUUGACUUCUCUUCUGUCAUUUCCUCUAUUCAACCACAAAACUGAGCUGCCUUGCCAGCAGUCAGUCACCUGUUAAUGUUGAGCCACACAGUGCUUUCUGCUUGUAGUGAAUUCGUUUUUCAUGUUGUAUUCAAAAAGUAACUUAACCCCAAGGUGAAAUCGAGUGAUUUUUGUCUACUCCACCUUUGCUUUGUGUCAGAAAUCUGCUUUGUUGCACCUAUAACCACACAUUAGAAACAGUGAUCUCGCAGUAUAACACUGAGAAAUCUCCUACAUCACUGCAGCAGAGUGAGAAGUUAAAAUACUGGUGGAAAUCAAAAGCAAGGUUUUCAGCUGGUGUUAGGUUGUUCUUUAAAACAAUAGUUUGACACAGAGUUAGACGAGAAUGAUCGAUACAACUGGUGCCUCUCUGUUAAAUAUAAGGUUACAGCCAGCAGUUGGUUAGCUUAGCUUAGCUUAGCAUGAAAACUUGAAAACAGGGGAAAUAGUUUGCCUGGCUGUGCCUAAAGGGAAAAAAAUCCACUUACCAGGACCUCUUAAACUUUACAUGAUACUGUAUCUCAUCUGUUUAAUCUGUAGAAAGAAAGAAAGAAAAAGAAAAAAAAAAGUAGUUGUAUGGAGGGGUUAUGUACUAAACCAUUUUAGACCUGGAGCAGUCAUCUCUUAAUUCACAAAAGAGGAACCUUAAGUCAUUAUUAUGAUUUCCCUAUAUCUCACAAUCUCUCAAAAUGUUGAACUAUUUAUUUAAGCUAAUGCCUUUGUCAGUAUAAGAAAGAUAAAUCCCACAAAUUCCCUUUAAAUGCAAAAUGUCAAAGUAAGCUAAGGUGGAACUCAAUCAACAAUUAAGUACGAAUAGAUCACACUUAACAGUUUUUCAAUAAAUACAAAAUUAACCCAAGUGUCCACAUAUUAACAACACCAAAUGAUAUCUCAUAGAAUGGAAAAAAUCACACCAACAGAUCACUUUUGAACUACCAACUACCAGUAAAUGUAAAUACAUGUAUUUGUCCUCAAGCAAACUCAUUUCCUUUUGUGGAAAAGGGCAUCGUGUUUGCACAACCAGCUUUGAGUGCAUUAGAAACCAAUCCCUAACAUCAGAGAGGCUUGUCAAAGAGAGUGUUACAGGAGAAGAAGAAAGUGUUUUUGUACUCUGUCUCACUACAUGAGAUGUGUCUUCACUGCCAGCAGAUCUUUUGCCAAAGUCAUUAGCAGCUAAUUCUGCAGGAUCUAGAUUUUCUUUGAUAAGAUCCCACAGUAAAGAACAAAAAACAGUCCAUGGCCUUAUUGGUACGCGUGAGCACAGAUACAGACACUGGCUGGUUGCUGUUAGUUACUAAACGAGUCUCUGUCUUAUUGUCUCACUCUCACCCCCUCUAACUCACUCUAUACACAUUCACUGCAGCUUCAAGAUCUCCUUUACAUGAAUAGGGUUAAUGUAAGGCAAUACACCUCCAUCCACCCAAGUCAUCUUUGGUCCUCUCUCUGCUCGGCUGCGCCCGCUGAGUAAGUUAACUCUUCCUUAUCCCUUGCUCUAUAGUGCGUGUGGAUGGAGGCUGAGGGCAAGACCGGUGCCAGUGUUAAAUGAAUGGACAGGUGAGCGGCGCCUGGGUCCUCUGUGACCAGCUGGGCACCGUAAGCUGACCGCUGCUGUUGUGUGUGGUCUGAAUGGAGCCGAGAUACGAUGGGGUUGAGGUCGGGUAUGGAGAACCCCAAAGGAACCUCUCUCUCAGGACUCAGCUGCAUAUCUUACACUCCAUCUGUUUGUCUUCUAUGGAGGGGCAAGUCAGGGACACUUCACCUGAGCUGCUGGGAAGGAGGGAGAAGAAGAAGAGCAACUACAUGGAGGGGAGGAGAUAAAGAAAAGUGUAUGUGAGAAGAUAAAAAAAUCCUACAUAAACACUGUCUUCUCCUAUUUGGCGGCCCUUUCCUCAUUCCACCAUCACCCCUCUCUGUUUCCCAAGUUCAUUUCCCUUCUUCCUGCUCACUCAUUGCUGGUCAUAGAUCUCUCUGAGCACAUGAGGUCUUUGACAACUGAGGCAUGUCCACUGCUCAAACAUCCAUUGUCACUGGCAAGUCGAGAGUUUCGAUCAGACAGCUCGCAGAAAAUCACUUUUCUACGAAAACCUGAUGCUCUCUCGUUACACCUUAAGAAUGAAUCAUUGUCCAGCCACACAGUUUGAAUCAUAGUUAGAAAAUGUAUCUGCCAGCAGUCUGUGGGGCUCAUGUGCAGUAAGUCGGUCACUGUGACCAGGCAAGCAUUGCAACUGCACUGAUUUAAGGGAGAUAAAUUGGUUCCUUUGACAAACAUCUCAGGUUUAGCAACUGUUGAAUGAGGAGAUUAUCAGUGCUCUUUAGGCUAAAGCUUUCUUCUGGAUGUUCACCAAGUACCAGUAGAUUAUAAAUACUGAGCUCCCUGUGCAAUGUGCCAGUUUGUAGAUCUUGCAGUAAGUCGUUUCAAAGUUAUGCAGAUAUUGUCAUCUAAGUCAACUUGCAAGGUUUUGCGUGGGACUAUACAGUAAAAGACCUAAAAUAAAAAUGGUUUGCACCUUCCUGCUUGCAGCUACAUGUAGAAAGCUGUGCAAACCUGCACUUGAAGAAAGGCUGUUGUAGUGCCCUGGCCUCUGUUACAGAACCCUCUUUGCUUAGCUUUGUCCUACCGUAAGAGCCUGGGUAGUUGGUUGGAUGUUGGAGGAAUGCCUCACAUAUCAGGUGACCCAUUGCCCCACAGCCUUUGCUCCUCACCUAGCUCACAGCGACGGAGUGCUCCUGGCGGGCGCUGUAUCCCGUGUCACAAAAGCACCUUUCUACACAACAGAGGUACAGAGAAUGGGCCACAGCACAGUGGUUCUCCUUGGGUCAGCUCCAGCCUGCCAUAGUUGGAUUUCAGACCUCCCCCUGUGCUUCCAACAAACACCCUCAUUGGUGGAGAUGUUCUUUCGCCCAAGCCUGGCAGAGAUAUCAGAGAGACCUGGAGCUCCUGGUGGUGCUUCCAAGACACCGCUAGAGAGGAUAAAUGACCAUACUACUUAUGCACAACUGGUAGAUGGAAAAUGAAAUUGGUGCAGAACAACAGAGGAAAGGUGUCUUGUAUAGACUCAUCUGUUCUCAGAUCCCAGUCAACCAUGAGGAUUAUCUCCUGUCAGUCAACCCUUGUGGCUGUAGUUGUGGUGGCACUCACUGUGGUGUCCUGCGCUGAAGCUAAGACUACACAAAAGCCAAAGUACCAGUACACCAAGAAGCCCAUUCCUCAUAUCACAGUGCACAGUCCUGUGACCACCAGUAUGCCCAAGACUCUCAAGGCAGUGGCCAGCGCAAAUCCUGUGGAGCCCCACCCACUGCCCACCACAGAGAGGAGCAGCUAUCCAAGUCACAUCUUUCCUCAGCACUACACUGAGAGCACUGAGCCCCCUGGUGUUGGUCAUGAGAACUACACCUUGGAUUACAAUGAGUGUUAUUUCAACUUCUGUGAGUGCUGUCCACCUGAGAGAGGCCCCAGGGGGCCAAAGGGAGACAGAGGCCUAGCGGGGCCACCAGGUGACAGAGGGCUUGCAGGGGCAGCUGGUUUACCAGGACCACCAGGUGUGAGUGGUCCCAUGGGGUUAAGAGGAGACAAGGGGGAUAAAGGUGACAGAGGAAACAGUGGGACAGCUGGGACAGCAGGUGUCCCAGGGAAACCAGGACAAAAAGGUGAUGUUGGCUCAAAAGGUGAGAAAGGUCAAAUAGGGCUGCAAGGUGUCAAAGGUAAUAGUGGAGAGAAAGGGGAACCUGGCCAGAAUGGGACUGCUGGUGAGAAGGGAGAACCAGGAAAAGAGGGGCCAGCUGGACCUCCAGGAGUGGCUGUAGAGCAAGGUCCUAAGGGAGACAAGGGGGAUAAGGGGGAGUGCGGUACAUUUGGGGAGAGAGGACAGAAAGGUGAGCGAGGGGAUCCUGGGUCUCCUGGCAUCCCAGGAGGGAUGGGCAUUCCAGGAAUGAAUGGCAAGCAUGGUUCUCCAGGUCCUGUAGGUGUCCGAGGGGAUCCAGGGCCUCCUGGAUCACAAGGAGAACCAGGGGUGAGUGGGCCUCAGGGACCACAAGGCAUACGAGGGAUGCCUGGGUCAAAAGGGGACAGAGGCUACCCUGGAAUGAGAGGUGAGCGGGGUGUUCGUGGAAUCAAAGGAGCUAAAGGAUCAGGUGUUCCCCAGAAACGCUCGGCCUUCAGUGUGGGCAUCUCUCCGAGAAAGUCCUUCCCUCCCUCUGGCUUCCCAAUCCGCUUUGACAAAGUCUUCUACAACGAAGAGAACCACUUCAAUGCCACUUCCAACAGCUUCACAUGUGUCCAUGCUGGGGUUUAUGUCUUCUCUUUCCACAUCACGGUACGCAAUCAGCCCCUGCGAGCCACACUGGUUGUGAACGGGUCACGGCGGGUAAGGACACGGGACUCUCUGUACGGUCAAGACAUCGAUCAAGCGUCCACUCUGGUGGUGCUGCGGCUGGCGGUGGGUGAUCAGGUGUGGAUGGAGACUCUCAGAGACUGGAACGGGGCGUAUGCCAGCAGUGAGGAUGACAGUAUCUUCUCUGGGUUCCUGCUGUACUCAGACAAGGCCUGAUACUCACCAGUGGUACUGACACUCUUCUUCUACAGUACUGUUCCAACGUGACAUGAGACCAAAUACUGGUGGUGCUACACUUCUAUACUCACUACUUAUGAACUGCUCAAAAGUUGAACUGUACACUCAUCUGAUUGUUUGAGGACUGGCAAUAUCGAUAUGAUGUUUAUUGCAUUAUUAUCUUACUAGUAUCUUCUUUUUUUACCCUCUGAAUAAAAAUGAGAAAACACCCAAACGCUCUUGUUUACAGCUGGUAUACUUAUUUACAAUGUUUUGAUCCACACGACCCUUAUCAGGUAUGUGAACAUGCAUCACAACAGUUCUUUACAUAUAAAUUAUAUAUAUAUAUAUAUAUAUAUAUAUAUAUAUAUAUAUGUUUUACAUAGAGCCGUACAACAGCAUAUAAUAACCCCAAACUAUCGAAUGGUCAAAAAAAAAAAAAAUUACUCUGUGUAUGAUAAAAUUGUAAUAUUUUAACUUGUGAUAAACAUUUGAUAAUUUACCUUGGAUGUCAUCUUUGUGAAGCUGUUGUGAUGCUUGUCCAUAUUCUUGUAGACCAAAACUUUGUUAGUAAAUAUAUCAGCAGUAAGCAUGACAUUUGCAUGUUUUUUCUUAUUUUCUUUAAUUAAAUUUUAAAUUCAAUUUUAAACCUGUUCCUGUGUAACAUACUUCGCUUUUAUUCCUUUAAACCCAUAACUCUGAAAUAUUUAUUGAUAGUCUACCUUCAUUUAUGCUCUCAGUUAAACGCCAUAGCCCCAUGUUACCCUCGCCUCACUUGUUUGACCCAAAAAGCUCCUUAAACCUGUCAUUCCAUCCUGUGUUCCUCUUUUGUCUGUUUCGCAAAUUUUUGUUCUUACACUUUCCCCACGGCUCUCUGUAACGAACUGAAAAUGAAGACACGUGACAUAUGUAUCACGAAUGUGUUGAGUAUACAGAGAAUAUCACUGGGAUCCAUAUUCAAUGUAUUUUUAUUCUUUUUGUUAAUCUGGCAAGAAUUACCUUAUCCCCCUGCAAUUAAAAAAUGUAACACCCAUUGCCAUGUUAUGACAUCAAUACUUCUAAUAUACAAACAGUAUUGCUGUACAAUGGGGUUGUAUAAAGAGAGUGUUGAGUGAAAAUAAAAUCCAGUAACACAU